ACAAUAAAUGCGGUCUUUGAGUGCCAGGUUCGGGGAUAGGUCUGUGUGGAAAGCAGCAUGGAGAGGGAGCGCGAAGAGAGAUGACUCACUUAGCGGAGUAAACUAUAAAAAUGGACGUUACACACGACGUAUCACAUUUAACAAACCAACAUUCAAAUACCAUUAUAAAAGGGAUCUGAGAAUGAGGGGAAAGCAGAGGGGGCGUCUGAAAGCGAGACCAAGCCUGAUACAGGGCUCCCGGAGGUGCCUGUCCCUGCUGAUGACACCCCUGAGGUUCUCAAUAAAGCCCUAUCUGGACUGUCCUCCCGAUGGAAGAACUGGUGGGUGCGAGGGAUCCUGACUCUGGCCAUGAUCUCCUUCUUCUUCAUCAUCAUCUAUCUGGGCCCCAUGGUGCUCAUGCUGAUUGUGCUGUGUGUGCAGAUCAAAUGCUUCCAGGAGAUCAUCCACAUCGGUUACAGUGUGUACCACUCCUACCACCUGCCCUGGUUCAGAACGUUGAGUUGGUACUUCCUGCUCUGUGUAAACUACUUCUUCUACGGAGAGACGGUGACAGACUACUUCUUUAAUCUGGUGCAGAGGGAGGAGCCGCUGCGCAUCCUCAGCAAAUACCACCGCCUCAUCUCCUUCGCUCUGUACCUCACAGGUUUCUGCAUGUUCGUGCUGAGCCUGGUGAAGAAACACUACCGUCUGCAGUUCUAUAUGUUUGGCUGGACUCAUGUAACUCUGCUGAUCGUAGUGACCCAGUCCCACCUCAUCAUCCACAACCUGUUUGAGGGAAUGAUCUGGUUCAUCGUGCCCAUCUCCUGUGUGAUCUGCAAUGACAUCAUGGCCUACAUGUUUGGCUUCUUCUUUGGACGUACUCCACUCAUUAAGCUGUCUCCUAAGAAGACCUGGGAAGGCUUCAUCGGCGGAUUCUUUUCUACUGUUGUGUUUGGGAUCAUGUUGUCCUAUGUGAUGGCAGGCUACAGCUUCUUUGUGUGUCCAGUGGAGUUCAACAGCGACCAUAACAGUUUUGAGGUGGACUGUGUGCCCUCUGAUCUGUUCCAGCUACAGGACUAUGCCCUGCCGGCCACCCUCGAGUCCCUCACUGGAUGGCCCACAGUGCGCCUCUACCCAUUCCAGAUUCACAGCAUCUCCCUCUCUGCCUUUGCCUCCCUCAUGGGACCCUUCGGAGGCUUCUUUGCCAGCGGCUUCAAGAGGGCCUUUAAGAUCAAGGACUUUGCCAACACCAUCCCCGGUCACGGUGGCAUCAUGGACCGCUUCGACUGCCAGUACCUCAUGGCCACGUUUGUCAAUGUCUACAUCGCCAGCUUCAUCAGGGGCCCUAACCCUGCCAAGGUGGUUCAGCAGCUUUUAGCCCUGCGCUUGGACCAGCAGCUCAACAUCUUCAACUCCUUAAAGAGCCACUUGAUAGAGAGGGGUCUGCUGGAGGAUGUAGCCUAGGGCUCUCACGGCCAGCCCAAGGUCACCCUACUGGGCACAUAGAGAGGAGGGCAGCGCCUGGCACCAGAAAGCCCUGGAGGUGUGGGAGAAGAAGUGUGGUGCUCGUAUGAGCAAGAACACAUCUGAGAAAGUAACUCAAUUCUUUGGGUUAUUCAAUUUUUCUGUGUGACAGAGGGAGGGAGUGUAUAUAGUAUGAAAGAAGGUGUGUCCUAAACUGUUUUCCUUUGUCAGUGUUUCAGGUUGUUUUUGUGAGUAAAUUUGUCAGCUAUAGUAUCUACAACACAGUGAUGCCACUUGAUCUGUGUACCACAAUGAGGUCAGGUAUACAUGUGUGUGAAUAUUUUAUGGUACAUAUAUUUUGUGUUUUAAUGCACUGCUCAAAAUAGUCACACUGUAUCGUCCUCUUCAUCUGCCACAAUUUUAUUUGCUUCAUUCAUCGUAAUAAUUGUAUUUAUAAUUUUUUAUUUUACCUUUUAUUUUACUAGGCAAGUCAGUUAAGAACAAAUUCUUAUUUUCAAUGACUGCCUAGGAACAGUGGGUUAACUGCCUUGUUCAGGGGCAGAAUGACAGAUUUUUACCUUGUCAGCUCGGGGAUUUGAUCUUGCAACCUUUUGGUGUACUAGUCCAAUGUUCUAACCACUAGACUACCCUGCCGCCCCACCUAUUACAUAAUAUGUGUGGUUGAGUUUUUACAUUGAAAUCUUCCAUUGUAUCCCUGUUUUGUACAGUCAAUGUGAAUUUUACCCGGUAGAGGUUCACUCUGCUAUUGGCACGUCAUGCUGCAUAUCGGUGUAUUUCUGUCUCUGUUACCAUGGAGUGUGUCCCAAAUGGUACCCUAUUUCCUACAUAGUGCACUACUUCUGACCAGAGCCCUAUGUGCCCAGGCAUCAUCAAUAAGAUUCAGGCGCGGCUGGUCAGGGGACCGGAAGAUAAUUACAAAUCAUCUGUAGACUGCAAAUUGACCGCAAGAAGCCCAAGCAGAAAUAAUAUUUGAGUAAAACAUAAUAAUUUAAAACCUUGCUUACAUUUGUAUAAGAUCACAUAUAUUUCCAAAAUUAAAAUCACUGAUUUGCUGAUGUUUUAAGUCAUAUGCCCCCCAAAAACAUGUUUUGCCCAUGGGACAAAUUCAGCUAGCGAGCCUCCAGUUGGGGAACCCUGAUGUAGGGAACAGAGUGCCAUUGUAGACACAUGCUUCACCUGUAGCUUCAUUCACAACCAGCCACACCGUUCUAGGAAGUGGACUGUCUAAAUUGGGGGAAAAACACCACUGGAUUUGACAGGAUUAUUGACUAUCAUUAUUGCUACAAAAUGGAGGUUAAGGGUAAAACAUUCCCUAGGAGCAAUAGAAUACAUGUUUGAAAGAGUAAAAUGACAAAAGGAAUAGUAUAGGAAUGUAUUUUACAAUAUAUUUCAUUGCCAUGUAAUAUUCUACUACAUAAUGGUCUGCCUUAAUGUUAAACUUAAUUUAAAACUAUUGUGAUCUCCUUUUGGUGUGGGAGUUGGACAUCAGGGUUUCAGCUGUGGUUAUUUAUUUUCCAAUCAAGUUCCGUUAUCAGAGAUGACGAUGUGUGAAGGGUCCUUUCAGUUCACGCUGGAUGACAGCCACCAGAGUUUUAUAUACAGUACCAGUCAAAAGUUUGGACACACUUACUCAUUCAAGGAUUUUUCCUAUUUUCUAGAUUGUAGAAUAACACAUAUGGAAACAUGUAGUAACCCAAAAAGUGUUAAGCAAAUUCUUCAAAGUAGCCACCCCUUGCCUUGACAGCUUUGCACACUCUUGGCAUUCUCUCAACCAGCUUCAUGAGGAAUGCUUUUCCAAAUGUCUUGAAGGAGUUCCCACAUGCUGAGCACUUGUUGGCUGCUUUUCCUUCACACUGUGGUCCAACUCAUCCAAGAAAAUUAAGAAAAACCCUGGAAUGAGAAGGUGUGUCCAAACUUUUGACUGGUAAUGUGUUUAUAUAUAGAUCUCUAUAAAUGCUAUACACUAUAUGCCCUCUUUAUUUCUGGCUCUGACUGCCACUGUUGAGGUUCUCAUAGGAAUGUGAGAUGGGACACCAUCCAUGUUUACAUCAGCUAUUGUAAUGGAUGAAUAGAUAGUUACAAAUGGCCACCAGGCGUUAUCUAUUUUGUUACCUGCCCUGCUGGUAUAAUAUAUGUUUGUAAACGGCUCCUAAGAGGCAGAUUUGUUCAACUGUUAGAGUGUUGCAUAGAAAACACCAGGAUGGUGGGGUGAAGGGAUCAUGCUGUCUGUUCAGUGUCCAAAGCUAUGGGACUGUAGUGAAGGAUAUGACUCAAUAUUAGGAAGGUGUUCCUAAUGUUUGGUAUACUCAGUGUAGUGUAUUACUUGAGAACUAUGUGCCCUGGUCAAAAGUAGUGCACUAUAAAGGGAAUAGGGUGCCAUUUAGGAUGCAGACACACUCACAGAUAGUUGCCGUCGUUACACAUCCCUUUGGGUUGCGAACAAUCAGUAACAGGAGGCUGCUGAGGGGAGGACGGCUCAUAAUAAGCCAGUAGUAAUACACAAUACCAAAAUCACUGACAAUCUCACAGAUUUUGUUAAGCUACUUUUAAUGCUGUUGAUGUUUUUCCUCUUGUUGCCAUUGUGAGAUCACCACCAAGUGACUUUCAAUUUGUGGUCACUUCCAACAUAAAUGGUUGAACUCUU